AUAGGGACAGGGGGACACGGGGACACGGGGACAGCGACACGGACACGGGGACAGCCAGCCCCGCGGGGACUGACCGGCGGACAGAGCACAGCCAGCUCCCCGAGGGACAGGGGACGGCCAGCCCUGGGCGGGACAGACACACGGACGGACGAGGGACAGCCAGAUCUGGGAGGGGUCAGGGGACAGACAGUCCCGAAAGGACAGACGGACAGGGGACAGCCAGCUCAGAGUGGGGCAGGGGACGGCCGGACAGUUAGCCCCGGAGGGGACAGACAGACGGACAGGGAACAGUCCCGAGGAGGGACAGGAGGACAGCGCAGAGCAGCCGGGGUCUUGGACAGGCACCGGGGGGACACGGGAACAGAGAGCCCAGCGCAGGGACAGACGGACAAGGUGACAAGGGGGACGCCCGGCGCCCCGGGAGCGGGGCUGUGCCGAGCCUCCCGCAGCGGCUCCUCCGCCCGGCCGCGCACCGGGAGCCCGGCGGGGCCGCUCGGCGGCUGCUCCGCCGCCUUCCCCGGCCGGGGAUGCAGCCCGGAGCCGCGGGCAGGCGGCGAUCGGGGCUCCGGGACACGGCGGCCCGGCACCCACCCGGGGCCGCGAGUCCCCGAAGGGAUUUGAAGCUGGGUCAAGCGAUGGAAAUGUCAUUGUCGCGGCUCGGGGGCCCGGAGAAGUGAGCGCCUGGGACAGCGGGGCACCGGGCUCUGCUCUGCAGCCAGACACCGGGACUGUCCCGAGAAACCAGCACAGCCCUGGGCAGAGCGGGCAGAAAGUGGGGACUGUCACAGACUGCAGGGACACAGGACGGUGCCUGGGGCCAGGAGCCGUCCCACCACCCACUCGGGGCUGGGAACGUCGGCCCCUUGGCCGGACUCUGGCACCCACCUGAGCCCGAUGAGGAGCUGGGGCUGCGUGUGAACCUAUGCAGACCAGGAAGAAAUACAUUUUCCUGACUUUCCUUGCCUCUUGGCUUCUCCUUUUCUUCCUUGGAGGGGAUCAGCUGCGCCGUUUCGCUUUCUUUUCCGGGAGGAAAGCAGAAGCCCGGAGGAGCUGGCCCCGCUGGACGGAUCGAUCCCUCCUCAAAAGCUUUGCAGACCCCGAGGAGCUGCAGAGGGAUGGGGACCCUUCCCUGCCGUCCCCCCGGGAGCGACGGGCGGCGCGGCUGAGCGUCUCCAGGAGCAGCAGCUGCCGGAUGGAAACCUGCUUCGACCUCUCCAGGUGCGAGAGGAACGGCUUCAAAGUGUUCACCUACCCCCAGGAGCGGGGCCAGCCGGUCUCGGAGACCUACAGCAAAAUCCUCAGCUCCAUCGAGCGCUCCCGCUACCACACGCCGAGGCCCGAGGAAGCGUGCCUCUUCAUCCUCGGCAUCGACACGCUGGACCGCGACCGCCUCUCGGGCCAGUACGUCCGCAACGUGGACGAGAAAAUCCGCGGCUUCCCGCUCUGGAACGGCGGCCGCAACCACCUCAUCUUCAACCUCUACUCGGGCACCUGGCCCGGCUACACCGGCGAGCUGGGCUUCGACGCCGGCCAGGCCAUCCUGGCCAGAGCCAGCUUCGACAGCCGCAGCUUCCGGCCCGGCUUCGACGUCUCCAUCCCUCUGUUCCCCAGGGAGCACCCGCAGCGCGGCGGGGACGGGGGGUGGCUGCGGCAGGACUCGGUGCCCCCCAAAAAGAAAUACCUGCUGGUGUUCAAGGGGAAGAGGUACCUGACGGGCAUCGGCUCCGGCACGCGGAACGCGCUGCACCACAUCCACAACGGGAAGGACAUCGUCUCCCUCACCACCUGCAAGCACGGCAAGGACUGGGAGAGGCACAAGGACACGCGCUGCGACAAGGACAACGUCGACUAUGAAAGGUUUGACUACCGGGAGCUGCUGCACAACUCCACCUUCUGCAUCGUGCCCCGGGGCAGGCGCCUGGGCUCCUUCCGCUUCCUCGAGGCUCUGCAGGCCGCCUGCAUCCCGGUGCUGCUGAGUGAUGGCUGGGAGCUGCCCUUUGCCGAGGCCAUCGACUGGGGCAAAGCUGCUGUCGUGGGCAGCGAGAGGCUCCUGCUGCAGAUCCCCUCCGCCGUGCGCUGCAUCCGCCCCGAGCGCGUGCUGGCCUUCCAGCAGCAGACCCAGUUCCUGUGGGAUGCCUACUUCUCCUCCGUGGACAAGAUCGUGCACACCACGCUGGAGAUCAUCAAGGACCGGCUGUCUCCGCACCGCUCCCGCUCCCGCUUCCUCUGGAACGCGCUGCCCGGGGGGCUCCUGGUCCUGCCGGAAUUCUCCACCCACCUCGGGGAUUUUCCCUUCUACUACCUGCAGCAAGGCUACAGCCCCUCCAAGAAGUUCACGGCUUUCAUCCGGGCGGUCUCGCAAGCGGGGUCGCUGUCCCAGCCCAUCCUCAGGCUCAUCCAAGCCGUCUCUGGAUCCCAGCACUGCGCCCAGAUCGUGGUCCUGUGGAACUGCGAGAAGCCACCACCCCCGAGCGGGAAAUGGCCCCAGAGCAGCGUGCCUCUGACCAUCAUCCAGGGCAGGAGGAAGCUCAGCGACCGCUUCUUCCCCUUCGGGGCCAUCCAGACGGACGCGGUGCUGAGCCUGGACGAGGACACCAGCCUCUCCACCAGCGAGGUGGACUUUGCCUUCUCGGUGUGGCGCAGCUUCCCCGAGCGCAUCGUGGGCUUCCCCACGCAGAGCCACUUCUGGGACCCCGAGCAGCGCCGCUGGGGCUACACCUCCAGAUGGACCAACGAGCUCUCCAUCGUCCCCGCCGCCGCCGCCUUCUACCACCGGUACUACCACAGCCUCUUCACCGAGUACCUGCCCGCGGGGCUGCGGGAGCUGGUGGACGGGCUGGCCGCCUGCGAGGACAUCCUGAUGAACGUCCUGGUGGCCGCUGUCACCAAGCUGCCACCCAUCAAGGUGACCCAGCGCAAGCAGCUGAAGGAGGGGGUGGCCCAGCAGGCGGGGUGCAGCGAUGGGGCUGCGGGGACCCCCCCGGCCCCUCGCUCUGCCCCUGCCCGGGCGGGGGGCACGGCGGGCAGCCCGCGUUCCUCCCAGCCACAGGACUGCCUCAACCAGCUGGCAGACUGGUUUGGCUACAUGCCCCUGGUGCCCUCCCGGCUGCGCCUGGACCCCGUCCUCUUCAAGGACCAGGUCUCCGUCCUGCGCAAGAAAUACCCGAGCUUGGAGAAGCCGUGAGGGCUCCGGGGUCGGGGCGGGCUCCCGGUGCCGCUCCCGCUGCUCGGAGCCCUCCGGGGGCAGGCUCGCUGCUGACGGGGUUUUACCCGUUAUUGGGUUUUUUAACAGUGCAAUAAAGGAGGGGGGAGUGUAGGA